ACACACACACACAGACAGGCUCUCACACCGCUGCUCAGUGGUAAGUGGUUUUCCUGCUGCUAAGGUAAGUUGAAUCAUCAAUAUCAGUGGAUUCACUGGUUUCGCAGGUUUAAUAUCAUUAAUCGUCACUGGUCAUUGACUGUGGUGUCUUUGUUGAACUAAUUGGGUUUUUUCUGUUCUUCAGAUGCCGAGAGCCCGGGGUCAUCGGCGUGCUAAGGCGGCGAGACGCAGGCUGGCGCAGCCCCAGGACUGGAGUCCUGCACCUGCUGUUCCGGAGUUUGUGGCCCGGCGUGGCACAGGCUUUCGGCACCGUGUGCGGAGAUGGCCAACUUCUGUCCUGACCGGGAAGUCCCGCAAGUUGGUCACUCCUGCCCGGGAUCCGGAGAAGAAGAUGGUGUUCGUCGUUGGAGACUCGCACCUGAGGGCCAUGGUGGACGGGUAUGUAGCUGUGCCCGAGGGACCUCUGUGCUUCUCCUAUCUGUGUGUUCCAGGUGCAGUGGGCUCCCAGCUGAGGACGGAGCUCCUGCAUGCUGACCUGCCCUGGACCCCAGAUGCUGUGUGUGUGUGCGCCCCCAGCAACGACCUUGUGUCCCGGACUGUGGACAGUGCAGGUCUCGACUUCAGUGCUCUCUUGACCACGGCCUGCAGCUUCUGGCCCAAGGUGUUCGUGCUGGACUUCCCUCCACGCCUGAACAUUGAGCCUGGCCUUCAGGAGCUGCUGCGUCAGGAAUACCAUCGUGUCGCAGCACGUAUGGGUGUCCCGUACGUGUCUGUGGCAGAGCACUUUCCCCUGCACCGGUUGGAGCUGUGGUGCCCUGACCAGGUGCACUUGAGUGACUCGCAUGGGAUGGAGGUUUUGGUCCAGCUGCUGUGGGAGGCUGCUUUCCAGCAGCUGGUGCCUCCUCCAUCCCAGGCACCGGUGCGUCCCCCUGCGCCAAAGCGUGCCAGGGUUGCUCCCAGGCUGGUGGUGACGGGACACGUCCCCGUGCCCCGUCACAGGAACCCCUGGGAGUGGAGUGUGGUUGGACAGGGGGGCAAGGCUGCACGCCCGGCGGAGGGAUCCUCUGCGAUCCCUCCCAACCCGGUGUGGUUCCGGGGGCCCAUGUUGGACGCCAUGGAGAAGGUGUCCCCUUCUUCUGGCUCUGACGGCGGCCCCGCUGUCCCGCCAGCUGGCCAGACCUCCCGUGUGGUGCGUCGGCCAGCAGGUGUUGGCAGGAGGCACAGAGGGGGAAAGCAGAAGGUGUUGGCAACUCCUUCACCUGCUUGUGAGCCCAUGUCUGCUUCUUGCCCCAGCCCACCAGUCCCCCAGGUGGAAGCACCAACCCAGGAGGUGGUGGAGGAGGUGUUGCCCCCGACUGCAGGCCCGGUUCCAGCGGCGGUCGGGGAGGAGGUUCCUGCAGCGUGCCCUGCUGUGCCGACGGAGCGACGCCUCAUCCCCGAAGCUAAGUGUGCCGUUCUUGAGAGUUCCGGGUCAGGCCAGUCAGGUGUUGGUGUGAGCGCAGUGAGGCCAGCAGCAGUGGUUGAUGUCAGGACUGGGAUCAGGCUUCUGAAGGCUGUGCAGGGAUCCUUCCAUCAGGGCAGCUCGAGGUUUAUUGAUGGUGGGCAGCAGUGCAUGGCGAUCGCGGGGUUGAGCUUAGCCAGACACACUUUGAGCAGUGUGUUCUCGUGGGGGAGGCAGGAGCUUGAUGAUGCUUUGGUUUUGGGUGAUUGUUUCUACAAGUGGGUCAUGAGCCGCCCUGGCUUCAAGCCUUGGUCAUCUUAUCUGUCUGUGACUGACCUGCCAGAUCAGAUCAAGGUGGAUGGUCAGGUGCUGAAAUUUACUAUUGGCUUCACUGCGUCAGGUUGUAUGCACAUGUCUGAAGGUGAUUACACGUCUGAAGGUGCCUGCGUUGAUAACAGUGUGUUGUACACUCUGCUGGAUGGACUAAAGGAGGUCUUUGUUGAACGUGGACACAGUGCAUGUCUGCUUACAAUGUGUUCCAACACGUCUGCCAUCAUCUUCGAGGACGGACGGUUUGCUGUGGUGGACAGCCAUCCACGGAGUGGUGUUGGCUUGUUUGACCCCAGAGGCACCAGCGUGCUUCUGCAGUUUACAAGUUUUGAGGACCUGGAACACUACAUCUCUCAGUUGUUUGACAGCCUAAGUUCAGGGUCAGGCCAGCCGUACUUUGAGCUGUGUGGCAUUGAUAUUGGUGGGGGUGCAGGUCCAGCCCUGUCUGGUGGUCCUCUGGUGAGUCACGUCGCUGAGACAAGUUCUGCUCCAGCACCAGAGUCCCCUGAGGCAACUGAGAGCAGAACACCGGCUGAGGCUCCUGCAGGCUCUUGUGUGUCUGAGAGUGAUGUUGGUGUUGCUGCCAGUCCAGCACUGUCUGACGUUUCUGUGGAGAGUCACGUCACUGUGAUGAGUUCUUCUCCACCACCACAGUCCCCUGAGAUCACCAAGUCCAGGACUGUGGCUGAGGCUACUGCAGACACUUGUGUGUCUGAGAGUGGUGUUACUGCCAGUCCAGCACUGUCUGAAGUUUCUGUGGAGAGUCACGUCACUGAGAUGAGUUCUGCUCCAGCACCACAGUCCCCUGAGGUCACUGAGUGCAGGACUGUGGCUCAGGCUCCUGCAGGUACUUGUGUCUUUGAGAGUGAUGUUGCUGCCAAUCCAGCACUGUCUGAAGUUUCUGUGGAGAGUUACGUCGCUGGGACGAUUUCUGCUCCAGCACCAGAUUCCCCUGAGGCGACUGAGAGCAAAACAUUGGCUGAGGCUACUGUAGACACUUGUGUCUUUGAGAGUGGUGUUGCUGCCAGUCCAGCACUGUCUGGAGUUUCUGUUCAGACUGUUGCCAGUGUUGUGAGCAGUGGUUCAACUGCAGAAACAACUGUUACUGAUGGCAGGAGGCGUAGGACUUCUCGUUACACUCGUUUGUUAAAGAAAUCAAAGCGCUACGAUGCUCCUGAGCUCAACGCUGAUGUGGAGUUUGUAGCUGCUGUGAGGACCGAGGAGCUGGUCUUCUGUCCUCUUGAUGUUGAUGUUUGUCGGACUUUGUGUAGCAGGUUUGAUGUUGACUUUGAGCGGGUCAGUGCUUCUGCGUCAAGCCGGGUUGGUUCGCUGGGUGUUCCUUGCAGGAAGGAGAAGGUAGUGGCUGAUGGGAACUGCUUCUUCAGAGCCAUCUCUCAGGCUGUGAGUGGCUCUCAGAAGCACCAUCGUAAGAUCAGACUGGCUGUCUGUAAACAGCUGGAGAAAGAGGCAGCUCAGUACCAGAGCUUGUUGAGAUCUGAGUUCUCCUCUGUCUCCCAGUACAUUCAGCAGUCUAGGAUGAGGUUUGUGGGUAGUUGGGCCACAGAGGUGGAAAUUCAGGUUACAGCUGACUGGUUAGGAGUUAGUGUGUGUACCUUCACCGAUGGACGCUGGUUGAAGUACGGUUGUAGCAGGAAGCAGUUGUCGCCACAGUGUAUUUAUUUGGAGAAUAUUGGUGGGACUCAUUUUGAGAAUGUUGUCUGUGUUUGUGAGCCUGGACUGGAGAGCUGUUAUGGCUACUGUAAAGUGAGUGAGGUGACUGGUUACAGCAUGAGGUCGAGGAUGGUGGAGGCUGUAGUUUUGGAUACAGACAGAGCAGGAUGUGAAGGUGAUGAGGAAUCAGCAGACAUAAUUCAAGAUGAAAUGUUACAUGACAGACAGCAACACUGCAUGUUUCAGGACACUUGUCUUAUGCCUGUUGAUAUUGGUCAGGAAGCUCUAGACCAGUAUUUUGAGGACGUAGUCAAUGUAGCGCCUGCAGAGGGGAACAGUCCAGUCCGGAUGCUUUCUGAUAAUUCAAACGAAGCUAAGUGUUUCCCCGUGUUGUUUCCUUUAGGACAGAAGACCUUCCAUCAUGAGCGGAAUCAUGCUUUGACAUUGUCACGUUAUUUUAAUAACCGGAUCAUGCACGCCGAUGGCCGUUUUUCGCAGAAUGUUGAAUAUAUCUUUUUUGCUCAGUUCAUGUCUGAAAUGGACAGGGUGGUGUCUAGUGUUUCUGUUGCACUGCGUAAGGGAAAAGGUGAUCAGGGCUCUGCACAGAUUAGCCAGAGUAUGUUGCAGGACGAGGAGUCUCUGAAGCAGCUGCUACAGUUUGACGAGGGUUUCCGAUUCCUGAAGCCUAUUAGAGGGACUCCUGCGUUCUGGCAGUCUGUGCAGAAGGACAUCUUUGCCUGUGUCCGUCAGUUAGGCAUCCCUACGUGGUUCUGUUCGUUCUCGUCUGCAGAUCUGCGCUGGCAGAACCUUCUGACCAGCAUCCUGAAACAGGAAGGCAGAGUGCAGACGGUGGAGGAUUUGGAGUGGGCAGACAGGUGUGAGUUGUUGCGGCGUAAUCCGGUGACUGCGGCCAGGAUGUUUGAUUACAGGUGGCAUUGUUUUCUGAAAGAGGUUCUCAUGUCUCCUUCUGAGCCAAUUGGCAGAAUCAUCGAUCACUUCUACCGUGUUGAGUUUCAGCAGCGCGGUUCUCCUCAUGUUCACUGCUUGUUCUGGAUCGAGGGCGCUCCUAAAAUUGACCAGAACACAGAUGAGGAGGUGGUCGAGUUCAUUGAUCAGUUUGUGACGUGCGAGCUGCCCUCAGACGACGACACAUUAUUGGACAUUGUGUCGUCAGUUCAAACACAUUCCAAACGACACUCAAAGUCUUGUCGGAAGAACAAGACGACGUGUCGUUUCCAUUUCCCAAAACCUGCUUCUACGCGUACAUUCCUUUGUAAGAUGAAGGAAUGUCGCUGUGACAAACAGAAGCUGAAGGAGGCCCAGAAGAAUCCUGAUUCAGAAAACAAGCUGGUCUGUAAGUGCUUUGAGAAGGAUAACCCGAUGAAGAAGGAGGUCGCAAAGGAGAUUUUGGCGUCUGUGAGCAAAGCUAUCAGGGAGGAGGAGCCGUUUGAUAGUGUAGAGGAGUUGUUUGCCAGUCGACACAUCAACCAGGAUAUAUUUGAAAUGGCCUACAGGAGGUUGGAGAAGAAGACCAAGGUUGUGUAUAGGAGAGGGUUGAAGGAGGUGUGGGUAAACCAGUAUAGCAAGAAGUUGUUGAAGUGCUGGAACGCUAACAUGGACCUUAGCUUUGUCACCGACGCCUACGCUGUAAUUGUUUACAUCAUUUCGUAUAUUACGAAAGCAGAGAGAGAAAUUGGCCUACUAUUGAACAACGCCCAAAAAGAAGCAAACAAAGAAGGAAACCUCUCUGCUCGAGAAGCCCUGAAGAAGCUGGGCAGUGUAUAUUUACACAACAGGGACGUUUGUGCCCAGGAGGCGGUGUAUAGGCUAACCAACAUGCACCUGAAGGAGUGUUCCAGGAAGGUGGUGUUUGUUCCAACAGGGGACAACAUCGUGAGGAUGAGUUUACCCCUCCAUGUCCUGAAGGAGAGGGCGUCAUCACAUGAUCUGAGCUCAGAUGACAUGUGGAUGACCAGCAUAGUGGACAGGUACAGGAACAGGCCUGAUGGUGGUGUGUUUGACAACAUGUGUAUUGCCACGUUUGCCUCGGAGUAUCGUGUUCUCACCAGGAAUGAAAUUUCACCAAACAGAAUCGAGUUGAAGAACAAACUGGGCUUCAUCUUGAGGAGAACACGAUCUCAGUUUGCAGUUGUCCGCUAUAUGCGCUUCAAUUUGGACAAACAACGAGAGGCUUAUUUUCAGGGUGUGCUUCAGUUGUUCCUUCCUUAUAGAAGUGACUCAGAGCUCAAGCCCGAGGGCUUCCAGCUCUUUGAACAGUUCUAUAACGACGGUGAGGUGACGUUUGGCGACGGCUCCGUUCAUAGAGUCAAGGUGGUGGUGGAUGAGAACAGGGCCCGGUUUGAGAUCGAUCCUGAGAACCUGGAGCGUGCUGAGGAGAUCGCUCACCAUGUCCACGGCCUUGAGGAAGACGCUUGGGGGGACCUGUGUCCUGAACAGGAGCUGGAACGCGACGAGUGUGCUGAGGAGUUGAGAGAGCAACAGGCAACAGAGAUAGCAGAUGAGCAGUUGGUGGAGGGUCUGGAGAACGUUCCAGAUCUGCAGGAACGUGGCCGACAGGUGGCCCAGUUAGAGAGAAACAGGCUGGUGUUGUCUCGUGCUGAGGGCUUAGCUCUAGUUAGGUCUCUGAAUGAGACACAGCAGGCUGUUUUUUACCAGGUGAGACAGUGGUGUCUGCAGAAGGUGAGGGGUGAAAACCCACCGCCUCUGCAUGUCUUUCUGACGGGCGGGGCGGGGUCGGGGAAAACGCAUUUAAUUAGGGCCAUCCAGUACGAGGCAGGGAGGCUGCUGUCAACACUUUGUGAUCAACCAGACGAGAUCUGUGUUUUGUUAACAGCUCCAACAGGAAUAGCUGCGUACAAUUUAAACGCAGCAACAAUUCACCACACAUUGAGCAUCGGCAAACAGUGUAGUUUACCUUACAUCCCUCUGGGUGAAGAUAAACUAAACUCUCUGCGAGCUAAAUUCCGUCACCUCCAAAUUCUAGUCAUUGAUGAGAUCAGUAUGGUGGAUCACCUUCUGUUGGCGUAUGUCCAUGGCCGCUUGAGGCAGAUCAAGCAGACUGGAGACUUUUCCCCGUUCGGUAACGUCAGUGUGAUCGCUGUGGGAGACUUUUAUCAGUUGCCUCCCGUUAAAGGGAAGCCUCUGUACAGCAGUCAGGUGGGUGUGGACCUGUGGUGCCACUUCAGUGUGGUGCAGCUGACCACGGUGGUGAGGCAGAAGGACAGCGUGUUUGCCGAGUUGCUCAACAGGUUGAGAGUGCGUUCCAGAGACACCCCCAUGUUAGAGAGUGACGUCCACAUCCUGAAGAGCUGUGAGACGGGCGAGGAGAGCUCAGCCUUGCACAUUUUCCCCACCAACCGUAAAGUCAAUGAGCACAACUUGAAGCAGCUGUGUCGGACGUGUCCCGAUCCUGUGACCAUUGAAGCUCAGGACUUCAUGAACAACAGGAGCACGGGGAAGCUGGAGUUGAUGGCGGGGCAUCACAGUGCGGCGUUGGACACAUCCUUAGAGGAGACUCUGAGUCUGGGUCCAGACGCCCGUGUGAUGCUGUGUAAGAAUGUGGACGUGGAAGACGGUCUGGUCAAUGGAGCAUGUGGCACAGUCACUCAUAUCCAGUUGAGACAGGGUGACAACUUUCCUCAGACAGUUUAUGUCAAAUUUGACGAUGAGAAAAUUGGCUCCCAGAGGAGGAAGAAGCGCUCACAUGCUGCAGUGGCCUGCCGGCUCUCUACUGCCAUCGAUCCGGUGGAGGAGAAGGCCACCAAGCGUGGAGGUUUGCGUCGUCAGUUCCCUCUGAAGUUGGCCUGGGCGUGUACCGUCCACAAGGUGCAGGGCCUGACGGUGGACCGGGCCGUGGUGUGUUUGGAGAAGGUGUUUGCACCUGGCCAGGCCUACGUAGCUCUGAGUCGUGUGAGGGAUUUGUCUGGACUGAUCAUCAUGAACUUCAAAGAGAAGUCCAUUUACUGCAAGGACACCAUCAAGGAGGCCCUGGACAUGAUGCCUCCAUUUUUGAUUGAGCAGCCACGGCCUUCAUUAGACACACCCACUCUGUCAGUGUAUCUAAUGAACGUUCAAAAUUUAAGUCGCCACCUGGUGGAUUUGGUGUCCUGCACACAGCAUUUGCAGCCUACCUGCAUUGCUGUCACAGAGACGUGGCUCACUGCACAGUCCUCACUGGACGGCGUCCAGAUUGACGGUUACUCUUUCCACAGCCGCCCUCGUGCUCUGUGUUACAGCAGCAGUCACCCCAAACUGUUAGAGCUGCAGGCUUUAGAACAUGGUGGAGUUGGUUUGUACAGGCCAGCAGAUUGGGACUGUGACAUCCUGCAGGCACCCGAUUUGGAUCUGGAGUGUUUGGUGUGCCUGUGGAACAAAUUCAACAUAGUGAUGGCAGUAAUUUAUCGUCCACCACGUUACCCAAAUUCCCUCUUCAAGCAGAACCUGCAGCGGUUGCUGCGUUGGCUUAAUCCAAUCAGUGACACCAUUGUAGUCAUGGGAGAUUUUAAUGAGAACAUUUUAACGGGGUCUUCAAUUUGCAAAUUAAUGGGAAGCAAAGGAUUUGAUCAGCUGGUGACACAAGCGAGCACAGAGAAGGGGACUCUGAUCGAUCACGUUUAUGUGAGAAGCAGACAGUUUGAUGUGGAAUGUGCAGUGAUGCCCACAUACUUCAGUGAUCAUGAAGGAAUUCUGUGUAGUUUCAGAGCGAGAGGUGACCAGGGGCAGCUGGAGGAGCUGGACAGGUGGUUUGAGCUGGAUGAUGUGGAGUUUGAGGACGUUGAGGGGAUGUUUGAGGACGACUUGGACUGAUUGAGUCAAACUGAGCUACGUGGCAGUGGGCUGAAGCAAGUGUUGCUGUUUGUUGUUGAUCAGCUGGUUGAUAGAGAGAACUGAGUCGUAGUGCGGCGCUGAUGCUGUUGAGGGUUUUCCGUUAAAGCACUUUAUCUGCCACUCCAAAUCCUGUUAUUUCUCAUGUGUAUUUAUUGAAGGUUUUUCACAAGUUUGUUAUUGCAUGAUAUGAAAUGAGUUAUUGUGUAUGAAUUACAAGAUGGUCUUGUAGAUAUUUUGAUAUUUAACUUAUUGACAAGUUACAGGUUGAACCUGUGGAGAAUGUAGUUUGAUCAAUGAAAUCAUGUAUUUAUUAAUGUCAGUGGAAUCAUGGCUCUGUACUGCCUGAGUUUUUUGGUGUCUCUCUGUGGUUCUGUUUGUGUUGUUCCAGGUGUGGCUCUGUGGUCCUGGACCUGGUCUUUGUGGUUGUAGGUGUAACUUUGGUUCCAAGUGUGGUUCUGGACUUGACUCUGUGUUGUACUUUGUGCUGUGUGGUUCCAGAUGUGUCUCCAGCUGCAGGUUCCCUGGUUCCAGAUGUCAAUCUCUGUUUACCAGUCCCAGCUGUGCUCUGUGAUCCACUUUGUCUUCAUUUCUUCCUGAUGUGUUGAUUGAGUUCAUCAGUCUUCACUGAGGUUUAAUAUGUAAAAUGUCAUUGAACUCCAUUCUUUUAAAGGCUUUACAGUCGGUCACUGAUGAUACAUUUAUUUUCAUCUCCAACAUGUUCUGAAUGAACACAUCAGGAAGAGUGUCAGUAGAACAGCUGAACUGUAAAUACGUUAUUGGAGACAAUGUUCUUUUAACUGGCCUGAAAUGUAGAUAGUUAGACUCUAGAUCAGUGUUUAUGAUGUUUGUACAAAUGUUGCUGUGUUCUUUCUGUCUCUGUCCCCCCCCCCCCCAGUAGAGUAAAGCCUGAACAGGUGGACAAG